AUUCGCCAGCUGAUGGCAAGGGGAAGGAAUCGAAGGAUCCACCCAUUAAUGUCAGGAGAUCAUGGCUCGUUGCUGAUUUUUAAGCAUAUACAAUAAAAACAAGGGCUGGGCCCUGCCUGUCAGAUAUCAAAAGAUGGGAGGCUGGAGUGUGUUUGUGUGGAUGAUUCUUCUGCUGGCUCUGCUUGGAGAUUCACUGGCAUCUGCGCCCGAGUUUGAUCCGUACAAAGUUCUUGGAGUGUCCAGACAUGCCAGUCAGGCAGAGAUCAAAAAAGUGUACAAGAGGCUCGCGAGGGAAUGGCAUCCAGACAAGAACAAAAGUCCAGGAGCUGAGGAUAUGUUUAUCAAGAUCACAAAAUCUUAUGACAUCCUGUCCAAUGAGGAAAGAAGGGCGAACUACGACCGUUUCGGUCAAAUGGAUGAGAAUCAAAACUUCGCCCGAGCUCCACAGGGCUUCAGGCACUUUCAAGACAGUUUCUACUUCGACGAAUCCUUCUUUCACUUUCCUCGGACGAGUCGAGAUUUCACAGAGAGCAAGCACCUCCUUCAUUUCAACCAAUACAUGAAGGAAGUCAUGCCGGAUAGUUUCAAGAGGCCUUACCUGAUCAAGAUCACCUCAGAGUGGUGCUUCACCUGCAUUCAUAUCGAGCCCAUUUGGAAGGAUACCGUGCAAGACCUAGAGCCUUUAGGUGUUGGUAUUGGUGUGGUAGACAUCGGAUAUGAGAGACAGCUGGCCAAUCAUCUUGGAGCCCACCGCACACCUUCCAUUCUGGGUGUUAUCAAUGGCAAAGUCUCUUUCUUCCAGUAUGCUGUGGCCAGAGAAUACUUGAAACAGUUUGUGGAAAGUCUUCUUCCCACAAAACUGGUGGAGAAGUUGACUGAUAACAACUACGUUGAGUUUUUAAACAGUUGGCAUGAAGAAAAUAGGCCGAGGGUUAUGAUGUUUGACGUAGCAUCUUCUGUACCUCUUUUAUACAAGCUCACCGCGUUUGCCUACAAAGACUACGUGAGCUUUGGUUAUGUGGAUAUGGGUUUGACUGAGACCUCUCAAGUGGUACAGAGGUUCAACAUCAACACGUAUGCUCCCACCAUGCUCCUGUUCAAGGAGAACUCUGAGAAACCUGCAGACGUCAUACAGGCAAGAGGAAUGAAGAAACAGAUCAUCGAUGAGUUUGUGUCCAACAAUCGUUUCCUGCUUGUGCCACGGCUGGUUAAUCAGAAACUCUUUGAUGAGCUGUGUCCGGUUAAACAGUUCCACCGACGAAGAAAAUACUGUGUUCUUCUCAUCACUGGGGAAGGAGAGCAGUUCGUAUCGGUGAACGAGGCUUUCUUCAACUUUGCUUCUGCCAACACUAAAGAAGUUUUGAGGUUUUCUUACGUCUAUCAAAAACAGCAGCAGCCUCUGUGUGACGCCCUGCUCAAACAGGACGACACAACCCCUCCACAGGUUAUUAUCUUGGAGAGGCGGAGCUCUACAGGAAGGGUCUUGUAUCGGUCAGUGACUGGUGGCUGGAAUGGGAGUGAUGAUGAUAAGCUCCGCCUCCACGAGCAGCUUGAUAUUCUGCAGAGAGACCCCUCCUACCUCACCCACGAUGCAAUGCUGCCCGAACUAAAUAAUGAGUUUGCUUCUAUGUUUCUAAUUCGGUGGAUGAACACAGCAUACGAUUACCUCGCCCAGUUUUAUUUUGAUCUUCUCUACUCAAACUGGCGUGAGAUGAUGCCUGUGUUAUCACUGAUCUUCUCUGCUCUUUUCAUCUUGUUUGGGACUGUUAUCAUUCAGGCCUUCAGUGAUUCUGGUGAAGACAAACCAGCCAAACAAAAGGCAACGGAAUCACCAAAGACAGCCGACGGCUCUCCGGGAACAGAGAGCACUUCCAGCCGUCCACCCAAGAAGAACUUUGUGGAAGUCACCGAGUUGACAGAUGUAACCUAUAUGAGCAACCUGGUCAGGUUAAAGCCUGGCCACAUCAAUGUGGUGUUGAUACUGACUGAUGCUUCUAAACAAGUGCUGCUCAGGAAGUUCGCCAAAGAGGUUUACUCCUUCUCAGGGUCUCAAACGCUCCACUACUCCUUCUUGAACCUGGACAAACACAGCCAGUGGAUGGAUUCGCUCAUGGAGUCGUCCCCCGACGCACGGCCGUCAGACUGCUCGGACGAAGAGGAGGAUGCCGCCUCUUACAAACCUGACUACACAGGUCAUGUCCUGGCCCUCAACGGCCACAAAAAAUACUUCUGCAUAUUCAGACCCGUGUUUACGGGAGAGGAGGCCGAAGGUAGCAGGUCGUCGGACGAGGAUGGGGCGGCAGCCGGGACGAGCAGAGGCUCACGCUCGCGGGGAAGUUCUAGGCAGAAGGCCACCUCUCUGGAGAUCCAUCACAAACUGGAUCGGCUGGGUCUUUGGAUGGAGAGGCUUAUGGAGGGAACUCUACCCAGGCAUUACGUUCCAGCUUGGCCCUUUCUGGACAACAUAACACCACAGAAAUAGAGGCGGACCCACCCGGGCUUUCGAGAAUUUCAGAAUCACAUCAGUUUUCUGUUAAAAACACUGGUUAUGAGUAGAGUUUUGCUUUAUUUGGAGCACCACGUGCUCUUUGGCUGCUUUUGAAGCAAAAACUCCUCUCUGUAUCUCUUACUUAUCUUUUUCUUGACUGUAGGAUGCUUUUCUGAAACCCAGAUAAAGCCUCUCUGUGUAGCUUUAGGAGCAGCUCACAUUCAGUUUAGUUCCGACUUUUUUCUGGUCGCAAUUUGGAUUAUAGAAAUUAGAAAUUGUGUGGGAGAGGAUUAGUCAGUCAGCCCUUCUACAUAUGCAAAAUCUCACACGAAGAACUUGCUGAACUAAACCGUGCAUGAGCAGGUCACUUAUAACAUUAUAAAGACUUGAUAUUUCUGAAUAGAUCUUAAUGCCAUAUGUGCAUGUGCUGCCUUUCCUUUUAACCUGUUAUUUUCUAACGUCUUGUUUUAUGUUUUUGCACUUUUGACUGCUGCUUUUUCUAUUUAGUCUUUUAUUCACAAACUAAACGGUACCGAAUCAUAACAUUUAAUGAUGGUUGAGAUUAUGACUGCAUCUGAAAUAUCACUACCACAUGAGUCAGGUUAAAAUGUUUUCUUUUAAGAAAAUGUCUAUUUAUUUAUGUUGCACUGUUUGUGGUUGAUUUAUAUUACAUGUGCAUUGUUUAAAAAGAAUAAUAAAAUU